CUGUGUCCCUCGGACACAGUGGAUCACCCAUCACGGAAAGAGCCGAGGAUGUCGGCUCAGUCAUGGGACAUGUACACUGAUCAUCAGGACACUGAUGAUCAGUGUGCCCUGAUGAUCAGUGUAGCUCCAGCAGUGCCACCUGUCAGUGUCCAUCAGUGCGACGUGCAGUGCCACAUCAAUGCCACAUAUCAGUGCAUACCAGUGCACAUCAAUGCCACAUAUCAGUGCCCAUCUGAGCUGCCUUUCAAUGUCACCCAUCAGUGCCACCUAUCAGUGCCACCUAACAGUGCCAGUCAGUGCUGCCUACAGUGCCAUGUAUCAGUGCUGCCUGUCAAUGCCCAUCAGUGCCACCUACCAGUGCCUCCUCAUCAGUGCCACCUAUCAGUGUCCAUCAGUGAAGCCUAUCAGUGCCCAUCACUCAGCCUC